UGUUUGGGAAUAACUGCUAAUUCCAGCAAGAGUCGAAGUCCUUUCCUGUGAAAAGAUUCCUCCGCAACAACUCUCUACCCAAUUAAUUCAGGAAAAUUACCUCAAAUAAUUGGACACAUCCUCCGAAAAGAUGAGAGGCUGGGGCAGGAAUGAAUCAAAUUACAGAAAUCCAUGUCUAACAAUGCAUCAGCCAUGGGCUUCUUUACUGGUUCAUGGCAUCAAGCGCAUUGAAGGAAGAUCCUGGCCCGCCCCUAUCAGAGGUCGACUCUGGAUUCAUGCUGCUAGUAAGGUCCCAGAACCAGACACAAUCAAGGCGAUGGAGGACUUCUAUAGAGAAAUCUACACAGUGAAUGGAGUAACACAUAUGGAGUUUCCUGAGCACUACCCAGUGUCCAGACUUCUAGGUUGCGUUGAAAUAGUUGGUUGUGUUACAUGUGAAGAGCUAGUAAGCUGGGAUGCCAUUCCUGAAGGGGUGAGACUAGAAGGGCAAACAGCUUUUGUUUGGCUUUGUGAGCAACCACAGAAACUUAUAGUACCAUUUGAGAUGCGAGGAUACCAAGGAGUUUAUAAUUUGGAAAGGAAGAUAUAUGAAUCAGCAGUUAGAGGUCUCACUUCUAUUAGCUCUCCAUUACCGGUUAAAUUUCCUCUUCCGAAUCCACGAGAUCAUUUUUCCUUGAAACCUGGAUCACUUGCUUCUUAUUCCAGUGGCUCAAGCUCAUCGAAAAUGGGAAAAUCACCUGCAUUGCAAGCAGCUAUAGAUGGUGCUCGAGCAGCUGCAACACAAUUUACUAAGAAUAACAGUUCUGAGCCUGCUGCACUUACCAUUGAAGGCAGUGGUAAGGCUGUAUCCUCCCGAGCAAAGUAGGAGUCCAAUGAGAAGGUUCGAAGGCACAUUAAUUAAUUGCCUGAGUUAUGAUGCAACCAGUGGCACGCAAAGUAGAAUUUUAGUUUUUAUUCGAUAAAUAGUAAGCUAUAAAAGCUGUGUGGAUGUGAUAUAUCAUCUUGGGUUUCCACCUCAAGCGUGAUCCUAAUGGUAGUUUACAUAUGUUAUAUAUCUGUUUGAGCCACAUUAUUAUAAAAAUGAUAAUGAAAAAUAUAACCGUUUUGGGCUCCACACAAGAGAUAAAAAAUCAAAUAUAGUGUCUCGAUGUGAUGGAUAAUGGUCAUAUUUUUCAUUUUAAUGAGGAAAUAAUGAGAUUCAAACACGGCCGUUUGUUCA